AGAAAACUGCUAAUCAGUAUUUGUCAACAUAUCGUCCUAAACUCAUAGAUAUGACAAGAAUUGUAUCCCAACCAGGUGAAGAGAUUUCUAAACUUAAACGAACAGCAAUAUUAUUUGCUGUUAAACCCCUCACAGUUAUCUAUUUCAUGAUAUGGGCGGUGACCAAUACAGUAAAUACUCAGCUUUGGGAGGAGAAGGUUUGCAAAAUUACACUCAAUUUUACAGAUGAAGUUUGUAAUGCUUUAACGGAUCCAAGGUUUCAGCAGGAAAAUGAUCAGGUUCAGAAAACUGUGAAUUUGUAUCAAAUCUAUGAUUCGUAUUUUGAAAGUAUUCCACAGGCGCUUAUUGCACUCUAUCUUGGACCCCUUUCAGAUAAAGGACGGAAGAGGGUUAUGUUAAUUCCAUUUAUCGGGCAUUUUCUUUCCUCGAUAAUGUCGUUACUAAACAUAUUCUUCUUCUCCUGGGAUCCACGCUUCCUCUGGCUUCAGGAGAUAUACACGUUAUUCGGAGGCUAUACAGUUAUCAGUAUUGCUAUGAUAGGAUAUAUAGGGGAUGUAACUAAGGUUGAGGAGAGAACGGCGUUGAUGUCUAUUCUAUCAGGUUUAAGUUUUAUAAUGGUCCCUCUGGCAGAUUUUUGCGGUGUUCAACUCUACACUUAUUUUGGUUAUUUUGCUACUUAUGGAACCUCCUUGGGAUUUGUUAUACUAGGAAUAAUUUACCUCCAAUUUAUCCCUGAAAGUGUGAACAAAGGAAAGUCAGAAAUAGAUAAAGAAAUUAUAAAUGAAGACGACAAAAAAGAGAACUGGUUUAAAAAACUUCUUAAGCACAUUCAAUCAACGAACUCAGUUCUAUCUUCAACCUUUAAAUCAAUCUUCAAGGAAAGAGAAGGAGGAGAACGGGAACUUAUUCUUCUCAUUCUAGGACUCGGUUUAAUUGGCAGCAUCAGAGCAAAAAGUAGCGGUUUAUUGUACACUCAGAAGAAAUUUGGUUGGUCUGUUACAGAUUACAGUUAUUAUACUAUGUUCAUGGUUGUACACCUAGCUGUAAAAUCUUUAUUCAUUCUUCCAAUCCUCUGCUACUGCUUUCAGGUUCACGACUGUAUGCUGGGUCUUUUAGGGUACAUGAGCUCAAUAGAAGAAUUUCUGGUCUUUGCCUUUGCUACAAAAGGUUGGAUGAUGUAUUAUGGAUCUGCUUUAUCUGCUUUAGGUGGAAGUAGAUCAACCCCUGAAUCUGCUUUGCUGACCAAGUGUGUUCCAACCUCAGAAAUUGGGAAGGUCUAUACACUUUAUAGUUUCUUCCAAACAUUGAUAAGCCUAGUGAUGUCUUCUUCCAUGCAAUUGGUAUACAAUGCCACAAUCGAAACUUUCCUUGGUGCCACUUAUUGUAUAGCAGCAGGGCAGAGUUUUAUAGGGAUGUUGGGAAUGAUAUAUCUGUACAGGAAAGUUAUUACAAAUGAAAGAAAGAAUGGUCCUCUGGGCACAAGGGGAAAGGAAGAAUAAAGAUAUAAAGUAUAAAUUUGGUCUAGUUUCUACUUCCUCCAGUCUAUACCAGGAUACAGGGUUAGUCAACAAAUAUAAACUUCACGUCAAACUAAAGUAGAUUAAGAGUAAAAUCUUAAAUGAUUUCAAUCAUAAAUCAUCUUUUUGAAGAGCUAUUUAGAAGAAUUUCUUAUAUUUAGUAGGAUACAUUUGCUUUUUUAUAAUUCUGCAAUAGCAUAAAAUCAAAAUAAAAGGAGUUACGAGGUCAAAAAGUUGUCCUUCUCCUUCCGUCUAGUUUAGCGUGAUUUAUUUACUCUCCAACGAUGUGACGCCAACUAUCCAGGGUUACCCACAAAGGAUGAGACUUCAUAGACGAUUGUACGGCAUUUGUUUAUCCGUUUUCUUGCAUUCAGGGUUCCUUGUAGGCUAAAACUGGUUUAUUUCUGUGCUAAAUCAUUUAGUAAACCAGCAAAUUAUUAUUUGAAUGUAGAAACCAAAAUCAAGCUUCAAGCUUUGUUAGUAACCCUUUAUGUUAAACGAAAAAAAGAAUGGUCCAUAAUAGCCCAGUGAAUUUCAGAGCAAAUUCCGUAUAAAAUAUUCUUAUUUCGUUACAGAAACGUAAGAAAAGAUAUGAAUAUUUCUUCUGCUAAUAUCUUGUAAACAAAUUAUCCUCCACAACAACGCAACAUUUUAACAUUUUUUAACGGAAGUGUUCGCGAAAAAAUGAAAAAUUAUGAAAAAUUAUGAAAUAUCAA